GCCAUGACCUGCAGCCAGUUGUGCGGUGUGAUUAAUCGGUGUCGUUGCUCGAUGAGAGCGAGAAUGUAAUGAUCGAAAUACUUUUAUCGAUUGAUCGAUUUCAAUUAGUUGGACAGAUGUUUAUGGCAAUGUUUGGACAGUGGUUUGCGUACUCAAAGUAGAAUUGAAAGCUUUCUGUGUCGGCUAUGGUUUCUUGCAAACCAAUUAAAUGCUCUAUCACGUGAGCUUCUAGUGAAAGAGAGAAUUGGCCCAAAUUGUGGCUAUUACAAUUUCUUGUGAAAAACUGAAUAAAAUAAACAUGUGGCGGUGCAUAUCAACUGCGAAACUUAAGUCGUUUGUCACCGGAGUUCGACCACCGGGAAAGAUGUUUCAGCAGCAAAGGGAAAACUUCCCACCUGUGAUUUUCCUUCGACAAACUCGACGUAAUGUUUCAACAGUUGAAACACGAUUUCGUAAAGCACAGGAUGGCAAUAAGAAACUGAAACCAUUUGCAUGGUUUUUGUUGCUCGUGCCGAUAACAACAUUUGCACUUGGAACAUGGCAAGUGAAACGCCGGAAGUGGAAGUUGGAUCUUAUUGCAGAUCUUGAGAGUAGAACAAAGCAGGCCCCAUAUGAUCUUCCUGAAGACCUUUCUGAGCUGGAGAAGAUGGAAUAUUAUCCUGUGCGAGUGAAGGGCAGGUUCGAUCACUCACAUGAGCUGUAUUUGGGGCCUCGAUCACUUAUUGUGGAUGGAGAUGCAGCAAAUCAAGGUAGUCUUAUGUCACAAAAUACCAAAGGACAGUCUGGAGGAUACUGUGUGGUGACACCUUUCAUACUGAGUGACAGAAAUUCCACAAUUCUAGUGAACCGUGGAUGGGUUCCCAGUAAACAGAAAAAUCCAGGAACCAGAGAAGCUGGUCAGAUAGAAGGAGAACUGGAGCUCACUGGGCUUGUCAGGCUAAGUGAAAAAAGAGCUCCUUUCAUGCCUGCCAAUAAACCAGAUGCAUGGUUCUACAGAGAUGUGGAAACAAUGGCAGAAGUGCUUCAUACAGAUCCAAUAUUCAUUGAUGCCUCUGCAGAAAGCAGUGUUCCUGGUGGCCCACAGGGAGGACAGACAAGGGUCACAUUAAGAAAUGAGCAUCUUUCCUACAUACUAACUUGGUAUGGCCUUAGUGCAGCAACUGGUAUCAUAUGGUUUCGAACAUUCAUUCAUAAGCUGGGAAAAUAUUAAUUUGUCACUAACAACCAAGUGUUUAUGCCCACAUGUGACAUGUUCUGCUGUAAUAAUUGUGCCUUCAGUUGUAGAUAUGCUUAAUAAAAAUGAACAAACAGCAUUUACAUAAGUGUUCAAAAGACCUAUAAAUCAUUAAUUUAUGCCAGUUAUGGAGUGACAGCUGAUUAAAGUUCAAUUAAGAAGCAUUGUGGAUCAUGGGUUUUCUUUCCUGAUCUAAUGGAAUUCUGCAGAAUAAAUUCCAAAUUUAGAUUUGAAGAAAAUUUAUAUUUAUAUAUGUUGUGGCAAGCUUGCAACCUAUGAAACACUGUUUUGAUCUACAGUGUUUCUUCACUUUCUUGAACAAAAUUGAGCAGUGGCAGAAGAGUAAGAGAUGUUAGUAAAAACCCUGUCAGUGUGGAGGAUAUCAUCUCCCUGUUUUGGUCUCAGGUGCAGGUUCUUUUCAGUUCAUAUGUUGUACAAAUAGUGGUAAAGACAUUGUAUACAUAUAUAUAGGAGAAGCUGGGUUCCAGAAAUUAAUUUGAAUUUUUCAUUA